UAAUAGUAAAUAUUGCUUCCAAAAGCAAAUGCAAAUUGUAUUCUAAUGUUAAUUUUAAGGCCUGAGACUAUAAAAUUUAAGACAGAUGAAGCCAACACUUGAUGCAUUUGUAAUUGAACUGUAUUUUACAAAACAAAAUCAUCUUGAUGAUCAUGAAUUGUUUUAAGAUAAAUCCAAAAAGAGUAUUCAUUGCACAAAAAUUCAAGUGAAGUGUUUGAUUCAUGUCAAUGAAUUAUUACAAAACCCAAAACUGAAUGUUUCUUUACUGUUUAAACCCAUUAAAACUACAACAAAUCUCUAAUGGCCAAAGAAUAACUACUUUCUUAAUGAUUUCGAAUAGCAUCCAUGGCUCUUUGAAGGAAAUAAAACAUCUCUCAUUGAAAGGGCUAUUUUGCCAUACAAGAUAUAAUUGAGGCCAGUUCCAAUUAAAGAUUUUUUGCUACAUUAAUUACACAUUGUAAUGAGGAAGCUAAAGUUAAACUCCCAAAUAUCUAGUUUUUGCUACAAAAUAUUAGAAGUCACUUAAAAAAAAAGUCCAUAACAGUAGUGUUAAAGAUUCAAGAGGUUAUGAAAAAUUACUCUUCUGACUCAUCGUAUUGCAAUUUGCCACAGCUGUUUUAAAACUACAAUAGCAAUACACCUUUUGCCUCCUCCUAAACAUUAUCAGACAAGAGUGACUUUUCAUGACAAUUAUUAUCAAAGGAGGAAGGUUCACUCAAGAGGGUAUUUAUUGUUGUUAUUGCUGUAACUGAUUUCUCAUUUUUUGCAGACUUUAGUCCGUUUUGAUCAUGUUUUUGAUUACACAGCUCACAGAUGAAUUUUUCACUAAUUCAUGGAAUUAUUUUACACACUUUAUGGUGGAAUCCAUCCAUUACGGUGGAUGCAUUGCAUAGUGUAUUACAUAUCUUGAUUAUUCUUUUCAAAGUUUUGGUCGAGUAUAGCACCGGUGUUGUAAAAAUCUGAUUUCUUUUUGCCAUCUAAGGACAAAAUUCAUGCUUUAUCAAUGAAAGCUUCACAAGCACUAAACCACAGCACUUUAAUACUAUAGUAACAAGGAUACAUUACGAUCUUAAUACAAGAGAAAUCAUAUUUAUUAUAUGAAGAUAUAUGAAGGAAUGUCUUACAAUAAUUUACAUGGCAGAGAAUUACAUUCUUACAUAUACAAUCUUCAAAAAGCAAUAAAUAAACAACAUAACAACCAUAAACAUCUGAAUUUAAUAACAUUUCUAUCACUUUAACGGGUUGUAUUGCUUGAUAAAAGUAUCAAGCUUACUCUUAAAUAACUCGCUUUUAAUAGGUUCCUUAAGAUUACAUACUGGAUUUUUAACAAUGUACUCAACGUAAAUUUGGCUAUAAAUUUGUUGUAACAAUUCUCGAACAUUUUGAGCAUUAACAUCAGUGUUAAGGAUAAAUUUCAGUCCAGAAGGUGUUUCGUAAAAGUGUAAAGCGUAUUUACUAGUUUUGUAGUACAAAAAACCCUCUUUUGUAUCCAACGGAGAAAUUUUUCCAACAAAGGAUUUCAGUGAAAACAGCAUUCCGUACAUUAGCUUUGCUUCCUCAUCUCUUGUAAUUCCAGACUGUUUCAAACGAUUCCACUCAGCAUAGUAUAACAAUGUCCCAUAGCGAUCAAAAAUAUAUAAAUUGUGGACGGUUACCAUUAUGCAAAAAAAGUAAUGAAAUUCGAUAACAGUACACUAAUUCCCAAUCUACAAAUUCAAGAGCAGUACUGAUUAACCCGUUUUAUGCACACUAUACAAUUUUGAUUAGCUGAACAAAAUCAAAACAUCCAGUUUCAAACUCCUCGCUGUCAACUUCAAAAGAUCACUUUCGCCGUCAAGCGUAUCGCUAUAGAUGGAAUUUGAUAUCUCGAAUGGCAUCAACUUAACAAUCAUACAUUUCAUGUUACACUAAAACUGCUUAGAGCCACAUGCCUCUAUUCUCAAAAGCAAACAAAAUUGUUAUAUGGAAUAAUAAUAAGAAUCGGUGGUCUACGACCUUGGAAACAAAUGAACGAAGGUACACAAAAUAUUCCCACAUUCAUGGUACUCUGGGAUAUUUUUACAUAAAGUGUUGGCAGUAUUACCGAUCAAUCUGAACUAGCGACAUUUUCGGCAAUUGUGUGGUGUUUUGUUUAUAGUUGGGAAUUAUAAAAUUAGAUUAAUAAAUUGUGAUUUUUGUUAUUCUAGAUGUAUUCAUUUUUGGUUUGUCAGUUCAUAAUUUUCUAAUUAGUGCACGUCAUUAGGUGAUGUAAACGAAAAAUAUUGCAGUAUUGUUCGUGCCCCAUACUAUCCGAUGAUGGUAGAUUAUAAUGUCACAGAAGUCUGCCGCUUAUGCACUUUGAAAAGUGGUGCAAGAAUGCAUAUUUUUGAGAAAGAAGGCGAACAACGCCAGUUGCUGUUCAAGAUUCGGUCUUGUCUUCCAAUUUUUAUAUCAAAAGAUGAUUCACUUCCCAAGAAAAUAUGUCAUAGAUGUGCUUACAAAUUAGAUAUGUUUUAUGAGUUCAGAUUGAAUUGUUUGAAUUCUGAGAACGUGCUCAAAAAUGUUUCAGCAAAAGACUCCACAAACAAUUCCCAGGGAGACGUCAAACCGGAGAAAAUGAAUGACACGGAUAAAGUUAAUUACGGUGAAAGUAUGACGCAGCAUAUUCCACACACGUCUACACUGCAUUUGAAAAACGAAGAUGAAAAAAACGAGAGAGGACCAGGAAAGGAAUUGAGUGAGUGCCAGAACCAAAACGGUGGGCAAUAUACAACAACACUUAAAGUUCCUCUUAUAUCUCAGCCAAGUGGAGAACAGUACCUUAACAAAACAAAUCCCGAGUCAACGUUUGUUAUUCCUGAUGAUGGAAUGGGGUUUGAUGAUGGCGUUCGGGUUCUAAGGGCAUUAGGUACAUGGUCCCCAGAUUAUGGUGGAAACCUUCCACGACCUGGAAUGCUUCCAUUAUCGGAACAUUCAACCUACACAGAAGGAAUGCAGGGAACGUUAAAUGGAGAUUUUGCAGCUCAGAGGAAAGUAUUGCCUUUAAUUGGAGCUCGAGGAAAAAGUGUAAAUGGUAAAAUAAAUGGUGUUGGAGAAGGUUCUCAAGGGAGUAGUAAUACUGGUACUAAUAAAAGUUUUGCUUGCUCUGUAUGUGGGAAAGGAUUAGCUCGUAAAGAUAAACUUGUUAUACACAUGCGUAUUCAUACUGGCGAAAAACCUUACGUAUGUGAAGUUUGCAAUAAGGCUUUUGCUAGGCGUGACAAACUUGUUAUUCAUAUGAAUAAAAUGAAACAUCGUACCCCGUCCAAUGUGGCACCACUGGGAAAGCGCACUAAUAUAGAGAAAGCUAAUAGUCCAAUUGAAAAGAAACAUAUCAAGUGCGAAAAUGAAAAGGAAGUUCAAGUCGGAGGGUGUGCUACUCCACAGCAAUCCACUUCAACCCAAAGUAUCAAUUGGACUUGUGAAUUGUGUGGCCGAAUUUUCAGUACACGAGAUGAAUGGAUGUCACAUGCAAAAGGGCAUCUUGAAGAGAAGAUGAUGGGAAUGACCUCAAUGCUCCCAUCGCAACAGCCGUCAGUGACUAAUCACCUUAACGGUAGUCCUCCCGCACCCCCUGCUUGUUCUAGUGGAGCAGCAUCAUCUGUGGUACCAACUUCGACAGCAUACUUUACUCCCCACAUGCCUACUCAUGUCCAGCAUUAUGGAAGUGAAAGGCAUUUUUGCCUUGUGUGUCGCCAGGAUUUUGGUAAUAAAGCAGAUUUCAUGUUCCAUGUUCGAAGUCACUUUGAAGGGAAACCUCCUGAUUUGGACUUGCUGGCUAGGAGCUGCAGUAGUAAUCUGGUGGACAGUUCAGGUCUUUGUACAUAAGAUUCUUAAAAAAAUGUGCAUUUCUUUUAAUUUGGUAUGUUGUAACAAUUUUAAAUAGGUAGCAUUUGUUUUUCCGAAUUCAUGAACAUAUAAUUUUCUGUUGGAGUCAGGAAAAAGGCGGAUAACUUACAUGUUAAAACCCUGAUUAUAUAUCUUAAAAGAUUUUUUCCUGCACGAAAAAACCAAGCUCUAAUUUUAUUGUUAGGUAAUAUUUAGUAAUGGCAGAGGGGUUAUAGACUUUGCUUAAUUCUUGUCUGCAAUUUCUAAGACAAGCUCCAAUUUUUCCUCUUUAUCCAUCACUUGUGGACUGAGCAAAAGGCUGUGUUUUUAAUUGCAACAUUAGUUGAAUCCUAUUUCAGUAUGAUACAGAUUUUUAUUUUGAUACUUGGUAAUUAUGUUGUAAAUAAUGGAUGAUUUCUAUUAUUGGAAUUUUAUAGAUUGUAAACAUAGGAUGUAUGACAUUGGGACUUAUAGUAUUUGGCUUCCAACAAGAAGUGAGACUGAAGUGCUGCUGGACAAAUUUAUUCUUGUUUGCACUUUAAAUUGAAAGAUUAUAUCUAUUUCUUGUCAUUUAAUUUGUUUUGGAUUUUAUGGAUUUAUUUUACAAAAUUUAAUAAUUAACUCUUACACAUGCACUUUCUUUAUGCUCUUUGUAGAAUAUAUUUUAAAAUGGUGGGUGAUUUUAGUUUCAAAAGGGUCUCAACCAGUUUGCAUGCUUUUCCUUUAAAAUUGUUUGUGUUGUUGGAAUUGUGUAGUUGAUUCCGUGAUCAUAGGAUUAAAGUCCUUGUAUUAUUUCAUUGAAUUUGCAUACUUUCAGAAGGAAAUUUGGAAGUCUACUCUGAUAAGUGAAUUCAGAAAAUAUAACCUGGUGCUCAGGAAGCUAAUAUGCCAAUCCCCAAGGGGUUCUAAUAUAUUUUUUGUAUCAGUCUUGAAUAUCCUUUUUGAACUUCCUAGACUUAGCCAGCAGCACUCUCCCAGACCAAUUACUGGAAAAACUAAUCUUGUAUCAAAUGUUAGAAUAGUUUAAUGUCCAAUCAUACGUUCCAUGCCAUAUACCAGGGUUGUUCAACUUGCAGCUCGGGGGCUGCAUGCGACCCAUGGUGCCAUUUAAUGUGGCUUGCGAAAGGUUAUUAGUCAAAAGUGAAACGCCCUUGCAUCCAUGUCAGGCAAGAACAUUGUGCACCUAGGGCACAUGCCCUGCUGCUAUCAAUAGCAUCUUGAUAUAAAAAUGGGUUAAUUGUAGAUGUAUGAAUUUCCUCCCAGUAAAUUAUGAAAUUCAAAAUCAUCCCAGUGUGUACACUACGUUAUGAUCUGAUAUCACGCAUGGUUGCAGCCUGACAAACUGCUGAUAUCAACAAUACAGGAAAGUUUAGAGUGGAUAGCCCAAAUAAUGAAAACAUGGCCCUCAAUCAAAUUAAAGGUUUUAGUUGUGGUCCUAGAGGCCCCACAAGUUUGAUACCACAGCCAUAUACCAUAGGUAUCCAGAUGUAAUAAUAUUUGAUUAUCAACAUUAUUUAAAUGAAAAUAAUUUUCCUUUGAGUUAAUAAGCUGAUUGUACGUAAGGGCUCAAUUUAAAGAUGAAAAUUAAAACAAAAACUCUUGAAAUUUUCUCAUGUCUGGUAACCAAGAACAAUUGGUCAAAGAAGACAUGUAGUCUCCAAUAGAAGUUUCAGGAUUCUGUGAAUUGAUAAUGUUUGAAGGUUUUUGAUGUAUUGGAACUUUAUGGCAUUGAAUAAAGUAUAUGAAACUUGUCAAUGCAGAGGAGAAGACAGAGAAUGUCUCAAGGCUCGCUGGAGACGAGGAACCUGGGACCCUCGAUGUUAUAUGAAGGGGCUGGACAAGAAAGUGCUCCCUGGAGGAUUGGCAUAUCAUGAUAGAGUAAUUUCCAAGAGCAAGUGUUUAUGCUGGGUGUUGUUAUAGAAACCUCAACCCUCCACCAGGCUGUCUGUAUUUAAUAUUCCCCAGCAUAAAUUUUACAAAAUUUUCAUUAGAAUGAAGCACAGCUGGGAAGGUAUCUGUUCAUUAAAAUUCUAUCUACCAUUUGGUAAACUUGCAUCCAUUGUUGUAUAUGUACCCAAGCGAGUUAAUAGAGAUUUUAUGCAAGUGUCCUGUCUGGUCUACAAAAUUCUCCACACAAAUAAUAUAAAAACAUUUUACGUUCUCUUGAGGGAGGGUAUUUCUUUUAAAUUUAUAUAAAAAACAAUGCAAUGAAUCUACUAUUCUUAGAAGAAACAUUUCAUUGCUUCUAUUAUAAGUGGCUUAUAAUAAUAUGCCAAAAUUGUCAAGAUAAUAAUUGUCAUAUAAAAUAUGUCAAUUUAACAAUUCAAAAUAUGUCAAAAUAAUAAUGUAAUGUCAAUAAAUAUGUCAUAUUACAGCAAUAUAAUAAUUUGUCAAAACCCUAUGUCUAAAUUGGAUGGCUAACAAUUGCAUCUCUCUACUUUAAUUUGGACAUUUAGAUGUAUAGUUCUUUUUUCAUUUGCUUGUUUUAUUAUGGUUAGAAUACUACCUCUAGAUUAAAAAGCCAACCAUGGUGGGCAUUGUGAAAAGAAAUGAAAGAAAACAACAAUUAAGGAAUAAAUAUGUUUAUUAAACCUUUAAAAAUUGAAAUAAACGAAACAACUAAAGAAAGUAAAUACAUAUUUUACAUUUACAAAACUUAAAUUCCCUUAAUUGAAAUUAAACGGAAUAAAUCUACAUAAUAGAACAUUUUUAUAUUCUAUAAACUCAACCUUCUGAGUGCCACAGGCUUCCUGAGGUUUUAAAUAUGCCCUUAACCACUGAGGUGGUCUAGGGACUACACGCUCUCUUCCAAAAAUUAGGAGCUUAACUUUUUAUACAUUAUUAUUAUUAUUGUUAUUAUUAUUAUUAUUAUUAUUAUUAUUAUUAUUAUUAUUAAUUCUAAUAUUUGCAGAAUGUCAAAAAUAAUCAAACAUUACAAUGAAUAUUUUGAUGAUAAUUCGACAUGGUAACAAUCUAAAAUCUAAGAAAACAAGUAAAAAUAUUUUUAUAGUCUGUGUACAAAAUCAGCUGCAUGCCUGCUUUUGUAGCAAAUACGCACUCCUGCUUGAGGUCUGGGUAUGAGAAGGGUGUGGGUGAAGAAGGGAAAAUGUGAUGCUGUAGAGGCAGGCACUGUGCCAAAUGAAUGCAUUGAGGAGGUUGUUGAGGCCAGUACUCCCUUAUCAUGUCUGCUUAUUUUGAAGACCUUUCAUAUUCUCUGUCUUCAAAUGAUUUGAACACCACAGUUUGCUGAAGUUUAGUCACUCAGAAAGAUUCUGUGUAUGUUGAUUUCUUUAGUUGAAGUAAAAAUAAAUUUUACAGUGAACUUUUGUUACCUUUAUGCUUUGUGAUUAUUACAUUCAUAUAGAAUAAGAUAUUUUAAAAUACAUGCACGUUCUAAUACCUGUCUGUUGGGUUUUCCAGAAAGUAAAGGUUGAAAAGUUUUAACCAUUUGUAGGCUGAGAUUUCAGUGCUGAUCACUGGGGUUGCAGGAAUGGAAGCAGGGUGCCCCUGGUUCCACUAAAAUAUUUUUUCCGAAACACUAGUAAAAAUAUUACUUUUAAAUUCAAAAUGUGAAUAAAUGAAUAAUGAAAUUUAUAAAUUAAAUGAUAAUACUAACAUGCUUAGCAUCUGGUAAUGUAUUGAAGAUGAGUUUUUGAAAUACUCUUACUCUACACCCACCCAUACAGCUCGAUGCUAGCUCUUAAGGUGUUCGAAAAAAUGGAUUGGUCUUUUCCUUCAGUAUCUGCUGUCCACUAUAUGUCAUGUUGGUUGCAUAUUGAGUUUCAGGUUGUGCUUGGAAUGAGCUGUAUGUUAGUCGUUUCUAGUAAUUUGGAGAAGUUGCCUUGACUUCUAAAUUUGUAUCUCUUAAAUCAUUGAGUUCGUACGCAUCUGAAAAUUCUGAUACACGAGAUCAAGACAAUGUAGUGUGGUUAUCUCUGCUCCUCAAUUAUCACUUGGCAUAUUGGAAACUUCAUACUCAUUACAGAAUUUGUAGAAUAUCAAUUGCAAAAUGAUUUCCUUUAAUUUAUCUUAAACAAAAUGCAUCUGAAGUUGAGUCAUGGUUGUGGUUACUAACAAUAGAGAAAUUAUAUAAACAAUUAGAUACUGUGGUGCCAGAGAGGUUCUCCUUUUAGUUGGAUGUCAUUUAAAUGAUCGUGAUGCAUGUAAUGACAGAUGUCAAAAGACAGAAAAAUUUGUUCUUGGAAUGCAGAAAUGCAUUCUGGUAAAUUAUUCAUGUAAUCUUUGGAGAAAGGAAAUCACUUUACCUGUAAAGUGUAAUGCCUAAAUAGCUACUAAAACUUAAAUGAAAUUGAAUGUUGGAGAGUUCCAUGUAAAGAACACAAUAGUGAAAAACUUAAUGUGUGCAAUGUGAUCAAAACUUAAAGACAAAUUCUUUUGGUCAACAAAAAUACAAUUGAAGUGGGUUUCAUGGAUGUAAUGUGGAAAGAAAUAAUUACAAUACUUGGGCUAAAGAAAUUUGUAUUCAAAGCUCUUUCUGAUAAAGUGAAAAUGAAACUAACAGAGAAAAAUUAAAAUAAAAAAGGUACAAUUUUUCAGA